GAUGCCAAAGAAAAAAAAUGAUAAACACCUCAAUUAAUUAUUUAUGUGGAAUAUUUAAACAAUGAUCCCCCCCCCCUCCCCUCUCAUGCCUAUGAAUAUUCCUGCUGUAAACAAAAAACUCUUCGCUUUAGCCCCGUAUCCGCCUUUUGCUCUUGCUGCUAAUUCAUCGGCGAAAUGCAGAUGUUCGUUGCCAACAUGCAACACCGUCAUUCGCGGAAUAAUGUUGUGUGCCUUGAAACCAGAGCACUUGUUUACAAUACGGCACAAGCGCUUCGCAAAUAGAAUGGUCCGGCGCUAAUAAAUGCCACGCGCAUUGUUAUGUGUGCAUUGUUGAAAAUGGUACUUUUGAAACGAGACAUCUCCAGGUAUAUAUAUAAUAAACAGCGAGCAAGGUCGACCUGCCCCGUGAGUCGGCCUAGCUCAGUCUUGUUAAACCGGGCUGCUGUGGUGGACGCAUAGAACAAGGCGAGCGGGCGGUGAAAGACCCGACACACCACAAGUGUAGACGGCAACAGAUUCCUCGCAUUAUGCAACUGUCCAAAGAAAGAAGAGAUGAAAGAUUGACAGAGACUAAUCGUAAACCCAAUUAAAGUACUGGUUUGAGAUGAAGAUGCGUUCUUAAAACUGUAAGCAACGGCGAUGGAAGGAUCGAACGGGUCUAAAUUUGGAAUAGACACUAUUUUGGCCAACAGUUCUGGUAGCCCGGUGCUGGUGAACGGUGAUUAUCGUCACGGCGACAGCAGGACUUCAGAUUUUCGAAAUCAGGCCACCCCGUCUCCCAGCUCGGAGAUAGACACGGCGGGCACGGCUCCCCUUUCGCCCAUGUCUAUGGAACAUCAGGAGCUGCAUCUCGGGCCGGACAAGCUCCAUCCACAUCAGCAGCAAAGUUUGCAACAACAACAGCCGCCGCCGCCUCAGCAGCAGCAGCAACUGGCCGCGGGCGGCUCUGCUUCCCGGACUUCCACCUCAUCGUUUUUAAUCAAAGACAUCUUGGGCGAUAGCAAACCGCUGGCAGCGUGCGCCCCUUACAGCACCAGUGUCUCCUCGCCCCAUACCCCCAAACCAGAGGCGGAAUCCUUCAGGCAAAAGGCAGAAUCCGAAGAGGCGAAGAACCGCGACAAGCUCGACAAACGAGAUGACACUCCGAAUGAUAGCAUGAAAUGCAACGGCACAAAAGAGGAAGGCGACCGUGAAAUAUCCAGCAGCCGGGACAGUCCCCCAGUGCGGGCGAAGAAACCUCGGAAAGCGAGGACGGCUUUUUCGGACCAUCAGCUCAACCAACUUGAGCGCAGUUUCGAGCGCCAGAAAUAUCUCAGCGUCCAAGACCGCAUGGACCUGGCGGCGGCACUCAAUCUGACAGACACCCAGGUCAAAACCUGGUAUCAGAACAGGAGGACGAAGUGGAAAAGACAGACCGCCGUGGGGUUGGAACUCCUCGCCGAGGCUGGAAAUUACUCCGCUUUGCAGAGAAUGUUCCCAUCGCCCUAUUUCUACCACCCAAGUUUACUAACUAACAUGGACACAACGGCGGCGGCGGCUAUGUACAUGUACCGGACUCCACCGCCCCACCCCGGACUACAGCGGCCGCUUGUCCCGCGAGUCCUGAUCCACGGGCUGGGCCCGGCGGGACAGCCAGCACUCAAUCCUCUGGCCAGCCCUAUCUCGGGCACGGCGCACCCCCGGUGAGAAAGAGAGAGAACGAGAGAGAGAACGAGAGGGUGAAAGGAGAAGAGGGGAAGAAACACACUCACACAUACACACACAGACACACACACACUCACUCACUCACUCACACACACACACACAGACCGCGGAAAGUCGAAAGACGGACAAAAACAAAAACGGACUCUGCUGUAAAGAGAGGACAAGAGGAUCGAGAAUAACGGACUUGGAACUUUGCACUGAUUUCUCGUGACCUUUUCAUCUGAACGUGGCAUGCACCGGAAUAGUGGGAUGUGUACAUUUUGAGGGCGGCGAGGUUUACGCGUAUUUAUUAUAUGUCGCCUGGGAAAAUCCGGUUGAAACUAUCUAUAUAAACGUUACUAAAAGUACAUACAGAUUUUUUUUCCUCAUUUUCAUGCAGUCUUUUCAAUCAAAUAAAUACUUAGCUCAAGUAAA